AUGGACAAGUCAUGGAUUAUGAAGCCACAAAACUCUAUUGAAUAUGAGCAAGGGGUUAGGCAAUUCAUUGAUUUUGCCCUUGAGCAUAACUUUGCUAAUGGAAAACUUAUAUGCCCUUGUAAACGAUGUGGUUUCAAGAAAUGGCAUUGUAGAGAUGUGGUGUAUGAUCACUUGAUUUGUACACCAUUUCCAAAAGGAUACACUUGUUGGGUCCAUCAUGGGGAGAUGAGAAUAGGAGAAACUAGUUAUAGCUCACAUAAUAGAAUGCCAAAUGAAGUCCAUGAAAAUGUUGUUGAAAAUCCUAUUGAAAGCAUGAUCAAUGAUGCUUUUGGAGUUGAUAUGCACCAUGCACACGAAGUACCCAUUGCAUCAAAUUUAGAUGUCCACUUGGAUGAUGUAAUGCCACAUACAACUCAAGAAGAGCAUGAAUCUAGAGAGUACUAUGAACUAGCUAGAGAUGGACAAGAACCUUUGUACGAAGGGUGUAUAAAAUACUCAAGGUUGUCUUUUUUGGUUAAAUUGUAUCACAUCAAAUGCUUGUGUGGGAUUAGUGACAAGGCCAUGACCAUGAUUUUAGAACUAUUAAAUGAUGCAUUUGAAAAUGUGAAGAUACCAUGUUCAUUUUAUGAGGCCAAGAAAAUAAUAACCAAGCUUGGUUUGAAUUAUGAAAAGAUACAUGCUUGUCCGAAUAAUUGUAUGCUAUAUUGGGGCAAUAGGGAAGAUGAAGAGAGGGAGGCAUGCAAAACUUGUCACACUUCUAGAUGGAAAUCAAGGGAAAAAGUUGGUAUGGUUGAGGUGACUAGUGAAGACAAUAAUCUUAAGAAAAUACCUGCAAAAGUUCUUCGGUAUUUUCCACUAAAACCUCGAUUGCAAAGGUUAUUUUUGUCUUCAAAAUCAGCAAAGGAUAUGAUAUGGCAUGCUGUUGAUAGUAACAAUGAUGGGAUGUUGAGACAUCCUAGAGAUUCUGAAGCUUGGAAGCAUUUUAAUUUGACACAUAAAGAGUUUGCAUCAGAUCCAAGAAAUGUGCGUCUUGCACUAGCUACUGAUGGUUUUAAUCCUUUUGGUCUUAUGAGUCCAAAUUAUAGUAUACGGCCUGUUAUUCUCAUUCCAUACAACAUGCCUCCGUGGUUGUGCAUGAAGCCAACAUCUUUUAUAAUGUCAAUGAUAAUACCUGGUAAAAAAAUGCCAGGAAAUGAUAUAGAUGUCUACUUACAACCUUUAAUCAAAGAGUUGAAUGAGUUGUGGACAACAAGUGUGGAUGCCUAUGAUUCCUUCAAGAAAGAGAUGUUUAAAUUGCGUGCAGCUUUGAUGUGGACAAUUAGUGAUUUUCCUGGGUUAGGAACACUUUCUGGAUGGAACACUUACACUGGUCUUGCUUGCCCAUCUUGUAACUUUGACUUUGCUCCCCUUCAUCUCAAAGAUAGUGGCAAAUUUUGCUUUUGGGGAUUUCGUCGUUAUCUUGACCAGAGACAUAGAUUUAGAUUGUGCAUAAUACGUUUUAAUGGUGAGCAAGAUAUGUGUAAUCCACCAAAAAGGUUAAGUGGUGUUGAAAUACUUCAACAAGUUGAAAAUGUUAAAGUUGUAUUUGGUAGGGAAAAAAAAAAAGAUUCAAGAAAAAGAAAACGAAGUGAACGAUUUGCUCAAAGAGUUACUGAACAAUGGCAUAAGAAGAGCAUAUUUUUUGAUCUGAUAUAUUGGAAACAAAAUUGUUUGCGUCAUUGUCUUGAUGUAAUGCAUAUAGAGAAGAAUGUAUGUGAUAAUAUUAUAAAUACUUUGUUGAAUGUUCCUAAAAAGAGUAAAGACCAUGUUGAUGCUCGAAAAGACCUUAAAGUUUUGGGAAUAAGACCUGAUCUCUGGCCUAAUGAAAAUGGAAGAUACCCUCAAGCUAUCUUUACUUUGUCUAGUAAAGAUAUGCUUCCUUCAAGACAAGUUGCUUCUAGGAGUAGAUCCAUGCCAAAUCCACAAAAUGCACCUAGUGCAUCUCAUCAAAAUGCACGUGUUCAUCAACAAAGUGAGCCUAUACCUAAUGUUGAAUCAUCUCAAGAAGAGGUACAAGCAGGGACUAAUGAGACUGAGAAUGUACCUGAUAAUCCACUGGUGGUUCAGAGAAGAACAUCUCCAUAUUGGACUGUUGAUGUUAUUGAUGGGGAAGGUCACAUAUCACAAACACGUCUAAGGAUGCAAGAUGUGUUUGCAAUGACUGAUAGUCCAACAAAGAUACUGACACAAUGGAAUAGACAUAAUCAACCAGUGGGUGAUUCUUCUAGUUUGUUAGUAGGAUUUUUAGGCCAAGUGGCAUCCAACUUUGGCAACUUUCCUGUACUGUAUGAGAAUUGGGCAUAG